AUGGAGGAGUUCAAAGACGCCCUUGAGAAGCAUCCAUUAGACCUUGUUGACUUCUGGACUACAUGGAGCGGGCCUUGUCGAUUGAUAAGUCCCGUCAUCGAAAAACACUCUGAUUCAUCGAGAUACUCAUCAGUCUACUUCUGCAAAUUAGACAUUGAUGCGGUUAGAGAGGUUUCUGACGAGCUGGGUAUCCAGACAUUGCCUAUUACCGUGAUGUAUAAGGAUGGCACGAAGUGUGAUGAGGUCCAUACAGGAUUCCUUAAGACCAUAGAGGAGUUGCUGAAGAAGCAUGUUGAGAGGGACAUGGAUACCGUUGAGAAGGGCACGGAUGCCGUUGUGGAAGGAUAA